ACUGUCAUCUGUGCCAAAAUUUAAAAUUCGAUCUUUUUCGACGAACUGUCUGUCACGUUUGAAACGUUCUCAGCAGAGUUCGUAAUUUUAAUCCAAAGUAAUCUCUUUGGAUUGGUCUUUUUAUUGUGAAUUAGUAUUACAAUAAUAUUAAACAAUGCCGCCAAAAUUUGAUCCAAACGAAAUUAAAAUUGUCAACUUGAGAUGUGUUGGUGGGGAAGUGGGUGCUACAUCAUCUUUAGCUCCUAAAAUUGGUCCACUUGGUUUGUCCCCCAAAAAAGUGGGUGAUGACAUCGCCAAGGCCACUGGAGACUGGAAAGGCCUGAAGAUCACAGUACAACUGAUUGUACAGAACAGACAGGCACAGAUCUCUGUGGUACCAUCUGCCGCUGCUCUUAUCAUUAGAGCUUUGAAGGAACCCCCACGUGACCGCAAGAAGCAAAAGAACAUCAAGCACAGUGGGAACAUCACAAUGGAAGAUGUAAUUAGCAUUGCCAAAACCAUGAGGGCGCGCUCCAUGGCAAGAUACCUUUCUGGCACAGUCAAAGAGAUCCUUGGCACUGCACAGUCUGUUGGCUGCACUGUUGACGGCAGACCACCACAUGACAUUAUUGCUGAUAUUAACAAUGGUGCAUUGACUAUUGAUGAAUAAACUGUGUAGGGCAUAAAAAAUAAA